UAAUUAUUUGUAAUCAUUGUCAAGAAAAUUGAAUAAAAAAUUUUAGAAUGAUAUCUCGUUCAUUUUUAUUUACAUUAAUUCUAUUACUACCAAUAAUUUGGUAUACGAUUGCAUUUUGGUUAAGUGAUGGUACAAAAUUCCCUCAAUUAACACUUGACUCGUAUCUGGAUACACUGCAAGAUCAAAUAGAACAAGAUGAUGGAAUAGUAUCAUCUCAAGAGGUACCAACAUAUGUACAGACUAAUGACGCUCCAGGUGAAAUGGGAAAACCUGUUAUACUCUUGAACAAUCUAACUGAAAAUAUUCAAAAAUUAGUGGACAAAGGCUGGGAGAAUAAUGCAUUUAAUGAAUAUGUUAGUGAUUUAAUAUCGUUACAUAGGUCGUUACCAGAUCCUAGGGAUCCAGAGUGCAAAAUUCCUGGAAUGUAUCUAGAAGAGUUACCAUCAACAUCAGUUAUAAUUUGUUUCCAUAAUGAAGCAUGGAGUGUUCUACUAAGAACUGUUCAUUCUGUUUUGGAUCGAUCUCCAGAACACCUCAUCCAUGAAAUUAUACUUGUUGAUGAUUAUUCAAAUUUUGCACACCUAAAACAGCCAUUAGAAGAUUAUUGGUCAGAAAAUAAGAAAGUGAAAAUUAUUCGAGCAGCUCGGCGGGAAGGAUUAAUACGGGCACGCAUAUUAGGAGCUCAACAUGCCACCGGUGAAGUACUUACAUAUUUGGAUUCACAUUGUGAAUGUGCUCCUGGUUGGCUAGAACCACUAUUGGAUCGUAUUGCUCGUAAUCCAACGACGGUAGUAUGUCCUGUGAUCGAUGUUAUUGACGAUGCAACACUUGAAUUUAAGUACCAAAAUAGCAGUAAUGUAAAUAUUGGAGGAUUUGAUUGGAAUUUAUUAUUCAAGUGGUAUUCGAUACCCGAACGGGAGAAAAAAAGACGAAAACAUAGUUCAGAGCCAGUAUGGAGCCCUAUUAUGGCUGGUGGUUUAUUCAGUAUUGAUCGCCUCUUUUUUGAAAAACUUGGAACAUACGAUAGUGGUUUCGACAUUUGGGGUGGUGAAAACUUGGAAUUAUCAUUUAAAACAUGGAUGUGUGGUGGUACAUUAGAGAUUAUUCCAUGUUCUCAUGUUGGACACAUUUUUCGAAAAAAAUCGCCUUAUAAAUGGCGAGAUGGAGAAAAUGACACGCUAAAAAAGAAUUGUGUUCGACUUGCAGAGGUUUGGAUGGAUGAUUAUGCAAAAUAUUAUUAUAAACGGAUUGGGGGUAAUAAAGGAAAUUAUGGUGAUGUAUCUGAAAGAAAACUGCUUAGAGAACAACUUGGUUGUAAAUCAUUUCAAUGGUAUAUUGAUAAUGUUUAUCCAGAAAUAAAUAUUCCGAUAUCAGCUGGGCAGAUUGCUGCUAGUGUUUCUCCUGCUAUGUGUCUUGAUGUAGCUGUCAAAUCAAAGGAUGUCCCGGAACCUGUUGGUAUGUAUCCCUGUCACGGACAAGGUGGAAAUCAGUAUUGGGAAAUGAACCAAAAUGGUGAAAUCAGACGAGAUACUGGAUGUUUAGACUAUUCUGGUGGUGACACUGUUGUGCUUUACCCGUGCCAUGGAUUGAAAGGAAAUCAGAAUUGGUCAUAUAACGAAAAUACAAAAUUUAUUACGCAUGUGAUCACCAAGAAAUGUUUAGCAAUUCACGAAAAUCUUAAAAAUUUAACAAUGGCUGAUUGUAGUGAAAAUGAACGACUAAAAUGGUCAGUUGAAAAUUAUGACAAUAGUAAAUUUCAAUAAUGAAAAUAAUCUAUGCAUCCACUGUUUAUAAGAUUGUCUAAACAAUAAUGGAAGGAUUUCAACGCUUAAAAGGUACAACAAGUAAAUAGAAAGAGCAUCAUGAUAGUGCAGAAGGUAGAGAAAUCCAUUCUCGUUCAGAUGUGUACCUAAUUUAUUUCAAGUUAAAUAAAGACUUUUUUCAAAAAAA